AGUCAGUAAUAAGAUUUUUCUUUGUACAAAACAUCGUUCAUCGUCGCUUUAAUAAAAAGUAAUUUUUGUAAAAAAUUAUGUAAAAAAUUCAGUAAAGAAAUCGUCUAAAAAAAAAAAUGUCACGACUAUCAUUCUUAUUGGUUUUUCUUUUAGUUUCACAAACAUAUUCAAUGCCUCCGUUAAGUUUUGAAGCCAAUCCAGAUACUAAACGUUUAUACGAUGACCUUUUAAGCAAUUACAAUCGUCUAAUUCGACCAGUAGUAAAUAAUACGGAAACACUAACCGUGUGGCUGGGGCUUAAAUUGUCGCAAUUAAUUGAAGUAAAUUUAAGAAAUCAAGUGAUGACAACUAAUUUAUGGGUUAAACAGCGCUGGUUUGAUUACAAAUUGCGUUGGGAUCCUGAAGAAUAUGGUGGAGUUGAACAACUGUAUGUUCCGUCAGAGCAUAUAUGGGUGCCAGAUAUUGUCUUGUAUAACAAUUGGGAUGGUAAUUAUGAGGUAACCUUAAUGACAAAAGCAACAUUAAAAUAUACGGGAGAAGUCUUUUGGGAGCCACCCGCAAUUUACAAGUCAUCAUGUGAAAUGAAUGUCGAAUAUUUUCCAUACGAUGAACAAAUCUGUUUUAUGAAAUUUGGUUCAUGGACAUAUAAUGGAGCACAAGUGGAUUUGAAACAUUUAGAUCAGGUUCCUGGUAGCAAUCUGGUGCAAAUUGGAAUUGAUUUAAGUGAAUUUUACUUGUCGGUCGAAUGGGAUAUUUUGGAAGUUCCUGCAACUAAAAAUGAAGAAUAUUAUCCCGAUACUUUAGAGCCAUUUUCAGAUAUAACUUUUAAAUUGACAAUGCGACGCAAAACUUUAUUUUAUACCGUUAAUUUGAUUAUACCUUGUGUAGCGUUAACAUUCUUAACGGUGUUGGUAUUUUAUUUGCCAAGUGAUUCGGGUGAAAAGGUUACGUUAUGUAUUUCCAUUCUUGUGUCUUUGACUGUGUUCUUCCUUCUGUUGGCUGAAAUUAUACCGCCAACCUCAUUGGCAGUACCGUUACUAGGCAAAUAUCUACUCUUUACAAUGAUAUUGGUAUCGUUGUCUGUAUGGACAACAGUGUGUGUAUUAAAUAUACAUUUUCGGUCCCCCUCAACGCACAAGAUGUCACCGUGGGUGCGCACGGUUUUUAUAAGUUUUAUGCCAAAGAUUAUGUUCAUGCAACGAUCACCUGUUGAUAUGCCUGAUUUUGCUAACUAUUAUCCCGAAUACAAUGGUUAUACAAAUGAAAUUGACGUUCGGGAUAGUAUAAGUGAUUACCCUUGUGAUUUUAAAGAUGGCCAGGAUGUUGUAUAUGACAAUGGUGUGCAACCAUCCAUAGAUUCUGAUAAUGUAAUUCCGCGUCGUUUGACACCAGAGGUGCUGCAGGCAUUACGAGCAGUCAGAUUCAUUGCACAACAUAUCAAGGAUGCUGACAAAGAUAACGAGAUCAUAGAAGAUUGGAAAUUUGUUUCAAUGGUUUUGGAUCGUUUCUUUUUAUGGACUUUUACGUUGUCGUGUAUCUUUGGCACAUUUGCCAUUAUCUGCCAGUCACCCUCUCUCUACGACACACGUCUACCAAUCGACCGUCAGUUGAGUGAAAUACCGUUAAGAAAAAAUAAUUUCAUGUUGCCGCCGGAUAUUGUGCGUCAAAUUGUUAAUUAAAUUUGCAACCACUAAACACCACUUCAAACAAACAAACACUCACUCACUAACGCAUUUCAUUACGCUGACGAUACCGAUGAGAUAAUUACAAUUCUGAUGAUAAUGAUGAUGCUGAUGUUGCUGAUGAUUAUGAAGGCAAUAACAAUGACAUUGACUAGGAUGAACAUAAUGAUGAUGAUGAUUGUAAAUGUGUUGACUCUGAUAUUGAAGUGCUUGGUGAUGAGUACUGAGGGAGUAGUUUGUUUAUAAUUGAAAUUUAAAGCCCCAAAUACACAUUCUGCGGUCAAACAAUAGUAUUAAUACUGAAAAUAUAAUAAAUUAAAUUAGCAAUAAAAUCGAAAACAAAAAAAUCACAGAAGGUAUUUGAACAACUAAUAAUUGUAUUAACAACGAUAGACUUUUUGAAAAAAAGGAAAUUGUUUUUUUAUUUUAUUGUAUGUAUAACUUACUACGCCUAUACUUAGAAACAAAUAUUCUACUUACUUAGAUAAAAAUGCACAAAAUUAUAAAAUUCAAACAAUUUUACAAUAAACUGUUGAACUUUUAAAUUUCAAAAAUAUUUAAAAAAAAA